CACUAGUAAAGCUUAGCGAGAGUGCGAUUAGCCACGCGCCCAAGACGGAGUGCAGCUUCCUCUUUGUCUUUAAACCCCCCGUCGUCCUCUUCUUCAUCAUCAUCCCCAAUUCGGAAACCCUAACCCUAAAAUUCACGAAAAUGGCCGAAUCAAUCACGGAGGAGCCUCCACCCGCACCUCCUUCGGAAUUCGAUUCCAUCUCGAUCCCUCCGUUCGACCAAUCACACCAUCCCACCUCCGACCAAACUCCGAUCGGCGAGCUAAUGUCCGAUCUAGGGUUCCCGAUCGACCCCGAUUUCGAGCUCACUUUCGACGGCAUGGAUGAUCUCUACCUACCCGCCGAAGACGAGACCUUCCUCAUCCCCGACAACGCGUCGAGCCAAGAGCAUUUCGGAGAUUUCACGCCGCCGGAGGAGUCCCAAGGCUCCGGAACAUCGUUCCCCGACGAUCGAUGCUUCUCCGGCGACGACGAGCGUAAGCUAGAUCAGCCGACUCCGUUGUCGUCUCAGGGAUCGGAUAACUGCUGCUCCGAUGUGCCGGAAGGUGUGGAUCAGAAGAUUAAGGUGGAAGAAGCUGCUGCUACGACGAAGAGGAAGAAAGAGGAUACGAGUGAGAGUGAUGAAUCGAGGAGCAGUAAGUACAGGAGAUCAGGAGAACAACAAAGCGCCGUCACAGUUGAAGAAGAAGGAGAAGAGGACGAGAGGAAGAGAGCUAGACUGAUCAGAAACCGCGAAAGCGCGCAGCUUUCGAGGCAGAGGAAGAAGCAUUACGUGGAGGAGCUGGAAGAGAAGGUGAGGAGUAUGCAUUCCGCGAUAACGGAUUUGAACGGGAAGAUAUCUUAUUUCAUGGCUGAGAACGCCGCUUUGAGGCAGCAGUUAGGUGGCUGCCCACCGCCUCCUAUGGGAAUGUAUCCUCCGAUGGCUUAUCCAUGGAUGCCUUGUCCUCCUCCUUAUAUGGUGAAGCAGCAAGGAGGACAAGUGCCUUUGAUUCCCAUUCCCAGGUUGAAACCACAGAACACACUUGGAUCGUCAAAGGGGAAGAGUAAGAAGAGUGAAGCUAGGACCAAGAAGGUGGCUAGUAUUAGCUUUCUUGGUCUUCUGUUUUGUCUGUUUUUGUUUGGUGCGUUGUCUCCGAUCGUGAAUGUUGAUUAUGGAGGGAUUAGUGGUGCCUUUUAUGGGAAUUAUAGGUCUAGUUAUGUUACUGACCAGGUUGUUUAUAACCAGCAUAGGAAUAGAGUUUUGGAUACGUCUCGUAGAGAUUCUGCAACAGAGAGCUCUGUACCUCCUGGAAAUGGUAGUGAGCCUCUAGCUGCGUCGCUUUUUGUCCCGAGGAAUGAUAAGCUUGUGAAGAUUGAUGGGAAUUUGAUUAUUAAUUCUAUACUGGCGAGUGAGAAAGCUGUGGCUUCUCGAAAGGCUUCUGAAUCAAAUGAGAGUAGUAAAGCUGACGGGGUGAUUCCUAAAGAGCGUUCCCUUGCUUUGCCUUUACCUGACGUGGGAAUGAUCGAGGAUAUGGCUAAGCAUCUCAUUAGAACUAAGGCUGAAAAACAGAAAGCUUUAUCUUCUGGAUCUGCUGAUACUCUGAAUGACUCGAUCAAGACAAAAGCAGCUAAUGGUGAAAUGCAGCAAUGGUUUCGUGAAGGUGUUGCAGGGCCGAUGUUUAGCUCCGGGAUGUGCACUGAAGUGUUUCAGUUCGAUGUCUCCUCAACCUCUGGAGCCAUUAUUCCUGCAUCUCCGGCAACCAACGUCUCUUCUGAACACAGAAAGAACGCUACAGACACACACAGGCGAAAGAACAGGAGAACCCUUCGUGGUCUGGCCAUUCCACUCCCAGGAUCAGAUUUUAACUUCACCAAAGAGCACCAAAGGAACAGCUCUAGCAAAGAAAUCAAGCCGGCCUCGUCAAUGGUUGUGUCAGUGCUUGUUGACCCCAGAGAAGGUGGUGAUGGAGAUAUCGAUGGGAUGAUUGGGGGACCAAAAUCACUGUCCCGAGUUUUCGUUGUCGUGCUUCAGGACAGUGCAAAGUAUGUAACAUACUCUUGUGCCCUACCUCGACCAGGAGCUCCUCAUCUUGUGACCACUUAAAAAGACUAUUCAGGAUUGAAAACAUGCAUCAGCUUUGUAUCUAAGAAUAAACAGCUUCCUGCUCUUUGGGAUCAAGUAACAUUCCUAGCUAUUACCGUUCGUUUUUUUUUGUUUUUUUCAGAUGUAAUGUAGAAUCCGAAUGCUGUAACUUUUUAAUAUAUCUUUAGUAAACUUAUAUAGAACCUUGAUACA